CCGUCAUAAGAUAUUCACCUCUGAGGCCGGCCCGGAUUGGGAAUGCACUCGUCCAUAGUCUGGGGCCGCACUUCGAGCGUCGGAGGGGAUCACGAGGAGCAGAAGCUACCCGACCGGACAACGUAAACAAUAUCAGGGGCAGACCUUGCUGUACUGCUGUGGUGUAUAUAUUCCGCAAGGCAAAUAAUUUCAAGAAAAACUAUUGUGUUCUCCCUACUAGCACAAGCGCUGCCAUCCAAGACGAACUGCUGCGAUGGCACCACUGGAAGGGAAACGACUGUACUAUACUAUCAAUUUAGUAGCAGGCUUGGCGAUUUUCUUCUUCGGAUAUGAUCAAGGGAUGAUGGGUGGUGUUAAUACAUCACCAGACUAUGUAAAGACUAUGGGGCUAGGAUAUUCUACAUAUGAAGGCCCUUCACAAGGAUAUGUCGUCACGAUCACCAAUCCCACUCGUCAAGGGGGUAUAGUGAGCAUCUAUUACUUCGGGACUCUGAUUGGCUGCUUAAUGGGAGGUGUUAUCGGAGACAGGUAUGGUGCCGGAAGCAUCUGGGUCCUCAUUGGCGCGGCAUUACAGUGCUCCUCACAGAAUCUGGCUUGGAUGCUUUGUGCACGCGUCAUCAACGGAAUCGGGACAGGUCAUUUGAAUGCUAUAGUUCCAGUUUGGAGCGCAGAAGUAGCAACUCACACUUCACGAGGGGCUUUCAUUGCAAUGGAGUUUACACUCAACAUAUUUGGAGUGGUGGUAGCUUAUUGGUUAGAGUUCGGCUUGGGUUUUGUCGGCGAUGGCAGCACUCAGGUACGAUGGAGGUUCCCGAUAGCGUUUCAGAUAAUCCCAAUCGUGUCAUUCAUGAUUGCACUGUUGUGGAUGCCCGAGUCUCCGCGGUGGUUGGUAAAAGCUGGUAGGGUCAAGGAAGCGGAAGAAAUCUUACGGCGCAUCCGCGCGACCAAGUCAAAUGAUGCUGAAAGCGAUGCACGCAUUGAGCACGAGCUGAAUGAUAUCACUGAGGUUGCUGUGCUUGAGAAGAAACACGCUAGAAGGAACUCAUACUGGUCAAUGUUCUGGGGCAUUGGAUCGGGAGACCUCCAUAUCGCUCGUCGAGUGCAACUGUCUAUAUGGCUACAAAUUGUUCAGGAAUGGGUGGGUAUUGCUGCUAUCACCGUUUACGCUCCAACUAUCUUCGCAGAAGCUGGAUACAGUCCACGAAAGUCUCAGUGGCUUUCGGGGCUCAACGAUAUCACGUACAUGCUAAGUACAUUGGUGGCGGUGGUCACUAUUGACCGCUGGGGACGACGGGUUGGUCUUUGGUGGGGUGCAGUAGCGCAAGGCACUGCAAUGUUUCUUGCGGGGGGUUUCGGUCGCCUUCUGAAAACCUAUCCAGAGCGGGCGAGCGAAUAUGGUGGGGCGUCUGCAUUCUUCAUAUUUGUUUACACGGCUGUCUUCGGGGCGACAUGGUUGACCAUUCCCUGGGUGUAUCCAACGGAGACGUUCCCUCUUGAGGUUCGUGCGAAGGGAAACGCGUGGGGUGUCGUAGGAUGGAGCAUCGGGAAUGGCUGGUUAACGUUGUUGAACCCUGUAAUGUUCAAUAGCAUCCACGAAAACACGUUGCAUAUAUUUGGUGCGAUAAACUUCUUAUCCAUCCCAAUGGUCUGGGCAUUUUAUCCGGAAACUGCGAAUCGGACUCUGGAGGAAAUUGAUUUGCUGUUUGCGAGCAAAAGUCCAUUUGUGUGGGAAGAAGAGCGGCACUUCAGAGAGCUCAAGGAGCUUGGAGUGGACACAAGAGAGGACCAUGUAUCCCCAGAUAUAGGUAAAGAAUGAAAUCUUGUAAGCAAAAAUCAAUUUAUUGUUGUUGCAAUCUAUCGGGGCAUCUUGUUGCGAUUAUGCACUUCCUCUAGAGUAGCGGAAUGUAUGUAUGUGGAGUCAAUGGAACCGGUAUACUGGAGGA